CCAUGAGAUGAAAAGACGUCUCACCUUCUCUGCCAGACAUGUUUUUAAAAGUCGUCACAGUAGACUGACGGAAAUAAAUAAAUGUAUUUUUGUUGCGAAGAGUUCUCUUUCUAAUCCGCUCUGAAGGACCCCGAUGAGCGAACUCUGAACCGGAAAUAGAGUUCCGUCAUGUGCCUGAUCGAAAACUCACCCGGCUGUUAGCUGUUUCAUACAUCAAGAUGCUAACUGGUUAGCUAAAAAACUGCAUCCUUGUGACAUGUACGCUUUGACAACAUUGAAGAAAAUAGGUGCUUGUUCUAGUGUUUGUUCUGUAGCUGCAGUUGGAGUGAAGCUCUGACAGUUUUCAAGCUGCACCUCGGACUGCUGCUCUUCUCAAUGAGGUACAGAGGAGCUCAAAUCUGUCUCCGGGCUCAUGGCUCGUGCUGUCUGUCUCGCCUCUCCCUGCCUGGCAGAAUCACUCUGGUUCGGACCUACAGUGUUCUCCAGCCACCCACUAACCCCUCCCCUCCUGAUGGGAAGGGUGGAGCCGUGUUGGUUAAGGAGCGUGCCCUGGCUGCCUUAAAGCAUGCAGGUGAGUUGGGGCAGCAGUGGGGUCAGAGGGCGGCUCAGACAGCCUCCGCCUCAGUCAACUACUGGUGGGAAAAAUACGAGGAGUUUGUCGGACUCAACGAGGUCCGAGUGGCCCAAGCCAAGGUCACUGAGGCUGAGUCAGCGUUCAUGGUGGCCAGAGGGAUGGUGCGCGAGGCUCAUGCUAGCCUGGAGGCCCUGCAGGUCAGGCUGAAGGAGGUCAGGGACCGACUGGACAGAGUCUCCAGGGAGGAGGCUCAUUACCUGGAGCUGGCCACGCUGGAGCACAAACUGCUGCAGGAGGAGCGUCGUCUCCGGACAGCUUACGAGAACGCAGAGGGCUCGGAGAGGGAGAAGUUCGCUUUGUUCUCAGCAGGAGUCCGGGAGAGCCACGAGAAGGAGAGGACAAGAGCAGAACGCACCAAGAACUGGUCCGUCAUCGGCUCGGUGCUCGGAGCUCUGAUCGGGGUCAUGGGAUCGACAUACGUCAACCGCGUUCGCCUGCAGGAGCUGAAGACUCUGCUGCUGGAGGCCCAGAAAGGUCCAGAGAGCCUGCAGGAAGCCCUCAGAGUCCAGGCUGGAAACCACCGCUCCCAGCAGGACGAGCUCCGAUCGCUCAUCGACAACCUCAGGGUCGCUCUGAAUGAGGUUUUCACACAGAGGGUCGGCGUCCUUCAGGACAAAGGAGGUCCAGCCUCAGACUCACCCACGGUGCCUCUUUCAGCCUUAAAAGACCUCCACAUUGGCAGCCAAAGGGCCGAAUCCCUCCUGCAGUCCCUCCCGCCACAACUGGAACAACUGGAUCAGGGACUCGGUAGAGUUGAGGACGAAUUGUCAGUGAUGAGGAGGCUGCUGGAGAGCAGACCACAGGCUGAAACACAGUCUGCUCAGCUGCAGGUAGCAAUACCAGAGAGACCAGAGAAAGGGGAUCAGUGGGGGUCUGAGGUGGCAGUGAGGCGUCUGGAGGAGACUCAGAGGACGCUGGGAGAACAAAUCAGGACCAACACUGUUUAUAACGCUGUGUUUACCUACACCGCCACCGCUAUCACCGUCUCUGCUGUCUACCUGCUGCUCAGAGGAACUGGUUAAACAUGGUACCUCCAGUGUGAAUAUGUUAACAAGCACUGUAACACCAUCAGUCACUGCUGUUGACUACACUACUGAUUGCUUCAAGAUGUUUUUAAUUCUGUGAUCUUAAGAUAACACAUUAACAUUGGUCAUAACUCCAGCUGUACGGCAUUCAGCUGCUAGCACUCAGCAGUAUUUGUCAUUUCUUGUCCAUAAUUGUAACUUGAUUUCCCCCUCUAAAUUGUCAAACAUGAUAUGAGUCAUCAGGUUUAUUGUCUAAUUUGACACAUCUUUACUGAAUCAGAAUGAAACACUGGAGCACAGUUUGAACCCUGUGGGCCCUUUUGAAAUAGACUAAUUUAAUUAGGAUUAUGCAGCAUGUUAAUAAUGAAACAAGGCCCUGUCAAAGACCGAUAAUGAUGCAGGACCCACCUUAGGGCCAACAUCUUUUUGACUUGGUGGUGCAUACUCCUCCAGAGAAAUUAAAUUUGGUGCUCCACAGCAGUUGUCUGCUUUGCCCAGUUAGUAAUCCAAUCGUGCUGACCAACAACAAUAUUUAAUUAAUUUAAAUUUGCCAUAUAAAAGCAAUAAAUCCUCACAUUUACAUGAUAAAUUACUUAAAUGAAUAUCCAAAUGUUUUAGACAAAUUUCUGUCAUCUAAUUAACUAAUUGUUUCAACGCUGGCUGCACGUUAACUGCAUCUCGGAAACCUCCCUGUUUUGCAGAACAAUUGGUCGAAAAAAUUUUCAUUUUUCCUAAUAAGAAUUUGAAACACUUGGAUUCAUUUUUAGAAGAACAAAAACAUUUAGUGAUUAUUUGGCCAACAAAUCUUCCAAAUCAACACCUAUGACAGUUCUGGAUAGGACUGAGAUUGAUGUGUUGAGUUUAACUGAUGAUAAUUGAUGGGUAAAUGUGGCCAAGUCAGUCUAAUGCCAAGUGAGUUUUUGUUUUGGUAAGUUGAUUCAGCCCUGUCAGUAGCUGAACAGCUGAACCUCAGAGGCACCACAUCCUCUGUUCAUGAUUCCACCCCGGACAUGUUAAUGAUUUUGUUGAUUCUCUUCACCAGAUCAUUUAGAUCAGAAACUUUGAUCUCAUUUCACAGGACAUGGCAUUGUGCAUGAGGUCAGUAUAAAUAAAUAAAUAAUGAGAAUAACUGAACUGGGAUUUUUCCAUUAAUUUAAGUAACCAUUCUUGUGAAUAAAUUUGACCAAUGACAAUGUGUAUGUAAUGUAAUGUGUAAAGUUCCCUUACGAAGCUAUCUGCCUUUAAUCACUGCUGUCUUCGUUGUUCUUUGGAUAAAUUAAUUAUUAAGUAUAAUUUCAAAUGCUAACUUCAUGAGAAAAUUUAGAAAAAUGUUAAUAGAGUUCUGCAGACUCUGAAUUCCUUUUUAAUCUCCUCCAGUACUUGAACUUGUGUGUCUUCAUGUUGUUGUGUAUUAAAUUGUUUGUUCUGCUGAGCGUUAA